AUGCCUUCUUCUACUCCACCAGACCAGGAAGGUGACCUGGAGGCCUGUGCUUUUAGAUUUUCAGACCUGGAUUUAAAGGACACUCGUCUUCUCAGUCCCAGCAGCUGUCUCAAAGCAGAGUUAGAUGUCAGCACAAAGAAGAAAUACUCCUUUGCAAAGAAAAAGGCAUUUGCCCUUUUUGUCAAAACCAAGGAGGUUCCAGCAUCUCCCUGUGAAUUUAAAGAAAAAUGGUGGGAAUGUUGUCAACAGCUAUUCAAGGACCAGACCAGCAUCCACAGACACGCGGCAACACAGCACACUGAUGAACUUUGUCACCAGACUGCUGCUGUUUUAAAGCAGCUGGCUGUGACAUUGAGCUCCUCUGAGAGCCUUAAGUCUGCAGAUAAGAGGAACCUUAUGAAAGAGUAUCACACUCCUGACCACAAAGUGUCCACUUGGCUUCCUGAUAUAAGCUGCUUCAGUCCUGAGACGCUGAUAGGUGGCCAGGGCACUGACGAAGGAGAGGUGCUACUUUACUACUGCUACUGUGACCUGCAGGACCCCCACUGGGUCUGUGCCUGGCAGACAGCUCUGUGUCAGCAUCUACACCUCACGGGCAAGGUUCGAGUUGCUACAGAAGGAAUCAAUGGCACUGUUGGUGGAAGCCAGUUGGCCACCAGACUCUAUGUGGAAGUCAUGCUUGCCUGCCCAUUGUUUAAGGAUUAUCUGUGUAAGGAUGAUUUUAAGUUUUUGGAUUUGGUUUUAGGAAUCCAUUUAUCCCCAGGUGAAUUUCAUCAAGAAGUAGGGAAGUUCUUAUCUCUGGCAAAUCAAGAACAGAGUGACACUGUCCUGCUGGACUGCAGGAAUUUCUAUGAGAGCAAAAUAGCUUUCCUUGCUUCCCCAGAAUGUUCAUACUGUGGAGUCCAGUGGGACCACUAUAAACUGUGUUCAACUCCCCAGUGCCGCCAGCUCGUCUUGUCCUGCCCUGCCUGCCAAGGACAGGGGCUCACAGCCUGUUGUGUCACCUGCCAGGACAAAGGGAGCCAGCCGGCUUUGAGCGCAACGCAGAACAGCUUUAAAGAGCAGUGUGCGUGUACAGCCCGCCGGCCACGCAUACCCAGGGAACUUUCACAGCCGGCGCGGCUCCUGGGGAGGCCAGAGCUGGGGCCUGGGGCAGGUGAGGAGGAGCAGUUGCUCCUGUGA